GAUGAUGAGUUUCCGCCAGUUGUAUCUCUAUGUAGGGACUGAUAGAAAGCUCUCCAUCCCUUGUUGGGGUCGCCAAUGCUGCUGAUUUGAUACAACGAAGACAGCGUUCUGAAUUUCUAUCUGAUAUCAAGGGAACACUUUAUACGGUUAUAAAGGGAAAUCCUUAUAUUAUUCCAUCCUUGCUAACAUUGGCUUUGAAUGAUGCUAUGACUUAUGAUAAGGCAACAAAAACAGGUGGCCCAAACGGAUCAAUACGGUUCAGCCCGGAAAUAAGUAGACCUGAAAAUAAAGGACUUUCUGCAGCCUUGAAUUUGUUAGAGGAAGCAAAAAAGGAGAUAGAUUCAUAUUCCAAGGGUGGACCCAUAUCCUUUGCAGAUCUGAUCCAGUAUGCAGCGCAAAGUGCUGUCAAGGGUACAUUUUUAGCAUCUGCCAUUCGCAAGUGUGGUGGAAAUGAAGAGAAGGGAAACUUGUUGUACAAUGCUUAUGGAUCAAACGGGCAGUGGGGCUUGUUCGAUAAGCAGUUUGGUAGGGCGGAUGCUCAAGAUCCGGAUCCAGAGGGUAGAGUUCCCCUGUGGGAGAAAGCUAGUGUCAAGGAAAUGAAAGACAAGUUUUCUGCUGUAGGCUUUGGACCUCGUCAGCUUGCUGUUAUGUCUGCUUUCUUGGGUCCUGAUCAGAUGGUAACAGAGACCUUACUGGCCACUGACCCGGAUGUUGCUCCAUGGGUCCAAAAAUAUCAACGGAGCCGAGAAACUGUGUCUCAGACAGACUAUGAGGUUGAUCUCAUAACUACUCUCACAAAAUUGAGCACCUUAGGCCAAAGUAUUAAUUAUGAGGCAUAUACAUAUCCCGUCAAGAAGAUCGAUGUUACCAAACUCAAACUGUAGAAGGUGCGGAUAGAAGCUGAAGCAGCAGUCGAUUGGAUCUUUCCUUCCUCCUUUACCCCCUCCCUGCAAUUUCAAAGUUUUGAGACUUCUGCUUUUGGUCAAGUGACAGUUUCAGAAUGUAAUUGCUUGUCCAGAUGUAUCAAAGGAAAGCACUUUGAUAAUUGAACAGAGUUUCAAUUAUAUGGUACACUGAUUUGACGAACAGUUUGAUAGGAAUUGACUUACUCGGAGACAUGUUUCAUCA